AUGACUGAAUUAUUUCUGGAAAAUAUUACUGAAGAGAUUCGGGGCCAUAUUUAUCCAGGAAAACUCCGCCUAAAGCCCACAGAUCUUAUGUUUAGGAAUGAAAUCACUGGGAAAGUUGCUCAUUUUUCAAGCGGUGAUAUUUCAUCAGCCAAUUGGGUUUUCCGGGCCUCAGGGCUCUGUUUGCGCCUAAAGCUCAACAAUGAAAACGUUCAUCGUUAUGACGGAUUUGGUGAAAUAGAGUCUGAGAAAGUUACGUCGUUUUUUAAGAAGAAUUAUGGUGUUGAUAUAGCAAAACGUGAACUCUGCUACAAAGGCUUUAACUGGGGUGAUGUGGUUUUUGAAGGAAAUGUUAUGGAGUUUGCUUACAAGAACGCGCUGAUCUUCGAUGUUCCAUUGUCUAACAUUUCAAAUGCAGCAGCAAAUAAGAAUGAGGUUAUUUUCGAAUUCCAUCCCAAUGAUGAUGCCGAAAUAUGCCUCUCCGAAAUGCGUUUUCACACUCCAAGCACGGAAUCCGACAAAGAUGGCGCGGCUACUGCCAUAUACUCGCAUGUUAUGCAAAAGGCCGACAUAAUCCAGGUCACCGGAGAUUCCCUGGUAGAAUUUAAGGACAUCUCAUACCUCCAACCGCGUGGUCGUUAUGACGUUAAACUCUACAAUUCCUUCCUGCAUCUUCACGGAAAGUCAUUUGACUACAAGAUUCCUAAGAGCACUAUCAUUCGAUUGCUCCUACUUCCGCACCCCGACAACCGACAGGUUUUCUUUGCGGCUCAGGUUGAUCCUCCCCUCAAACAUGGUCAGACGCGAUAUCAUAUAAUCGUAAUGGUUUUCGAGAAGGAUAAGCACAUCGACAUUGAGCUCAGUGUCUCUGAGGAGUACCUUCAAAAGAACUACGAGGGCAAGCUCACUCAGGUCAUGGUUGGUCCUGAGUACGAUCUAUUCGCUCGGCUUUGUAAAACGCUGUACAACCAAAAGAUAACCGUCCCGGGGUCGUUUAGGGCAAAGGGUGGUGGUUCUGCUGUUGCAUGCAGUUACAAGACUUAUGUCGGUCUUCUUUACCCACUUGAACGAGGUUUUAUUUUUGUUCCUCGACCUCCAGUCUCUAUUAGAUUCGAUGAGAUCGUCAGCGUUAACUUCUCGCGCGGCACAGGUGCUCUACGUUCCUUCGAUUUUGAGGUCGAAACCAAGAUGGGUGUCACCCACACCUUCGUCUCAAUUGAACGUGACGAGUAUCACAAAUUGUAUGACUACGUGAGUGAGAAGCGCCUACGUGUAAAGAACAUUGAGGACAGUGAUGCAGUAUGGCGCGAGAAGCUGGAAGACAUAUGGUCCUCUUCCGACGAGUCACACGACGCCUAUUUAGAUAAGGUGAAGGCGGAGGGUCGUGAACGCACUGCCGAGGCCGCAGCGGGCACUUUUGCUGGUGCCGAUUUCUCCGACGACGAUGAGGAUGACGAGGACUUUAACCCGCCAGAGAUGGGUUCAAGCGAAUCAGACAUCGCCGAAGAGUACGACAGUAACGCUCAGUCUUCGAGUGACUCAGAUUCAUCCUCUGCUGCUGGAAGCACUUCUGCCAGCAGUGCUUCCUCAUCCUCCGCGUCUACGCCGCGCCAGAAAAAAGCCAAAAGGGUGGCCCCUCCACCGCGACAAAGCGAUAAGAAGGAGCGCAAGAAAGCAUCAAAGAAGGAUCCUAAUGCACCCUCCCGACCACCGACAGCCUACUUUAUCUGGUUCAAUGAGCAUCGACAGGACAUCAAGAUGAGUCUGGGUGGUUCUGUUGGUGUUGCUGAAGUUGCCAAAGCAGCGGGAGAGAAAUGGAAGACUUUAAGCGCGGAGGAGAAGGCCAAGUAUCAGUCGGAGGCAGACAAGUUGAAGGAGCAAUACGACCGUGAUAUGAGAGCGUACAAGGAGAAGAUCGCGUCUGGGGAGUUGGAAGAGCCGGUGAAGAGUAGUGUUAAAAAGACGAAGAUCUCACCCACGAAGAUGCAGAAGAAAGCGGUGACGGCAGGGACAAGCUCCUCGCAAAGCGGAGCCGGCGGGAUCUUUAAGAGCGCGGAGUACGUAUCGGAUUCGGAAUCCUCCUCCUCCUCUGUUUCUUCCACGGGGAGGGCGAGUCGUCGUGGAGACGGUGGUGGUGGCAGUACUAUGCAUAUGUAUAUUUACCUCUUCGGGUCGAAGCUAUCGCUUUUAAGCGCAUUCACUAUUCUUGCCAACCAUAGCUAUGACCGAUAA